AUGGUUUCGAACUGUGGUCGGUUAAAGUAUAUUGAGUUGGAUAACUACAAGUCAUACAAAGGAAAACAGGUCAUCGGUCCAUUCAGUACAUUCACUGCAGUUAUCGGACCAAAUGGAUCCGGAAAAUCUAACCUUAUGGACGCUAUCAGCUUUGUUCUUGGUGAACGCACGCGCCAUCUCCGCGUCACGAGGCUUAGCGACCUCAUUCAUGGUUCAGUCGUCGGGAAACCCGUGGCAAAAACUGCCAGUGUUACGGCCGUUUACGAGAUGCCAGAUGGUACAGAGAGACGUUUUAGCCGGUAUAUAAGCGGAAAUACUUCCGAAUACCGCAUCGAUGGCACACCUGUAAAAGUUGACGAAUACGCUGAAGCGCUUGAAAAAAUACACAUAUUCAUGAAGGUCAAAAACUUUCUGAUUUUUCAAGGCGCAGUCGAAAGCAUUGCUAUGAAAAAUGCACGUGAACGUUGUCAAAUGUUCGAAGAAAUUAGCAGGUCUGCGGAGUUGAAGGAGGAAUAUGACAGAUCCAAGGCUGAAAUGCAGAAGUUAGAAGAAGAAGCCGCUUUCAAUCUCAACAAAAAGAAAAACAUUGUAGCUGAAAGGAAGGAGGCUCGCAUUGAAAUUGAUGAAGCAGAGAAGUAUCGGCGACUCAAUCAUGAUUUGGUGAGAGCAUAUUCGACAACUUCACGUUUUUAA